AGGGCGAGCCUGGACGUGGUCACUGUGGAUACUGUCAAUGCAACACGGGCGGCACGAUGCAAGGACGCCCCGCUGGUGUUUGCACCUAACAGCAGCUCAAAACUCUCCUAAUCCACUGCUUGCGGCCAUGACUGGGUGCAGCACCAUGUCCUCGGCUCAAAGUGGGGAUAUAUCGGGCUACCAUCCGAGUGUGGUGCAUAACCCGCCCGACUGGGAGAUGGGGAUCUACCUGGUGGGCUUCUUUGUGCUGCUGGGUGUGGCCGGGCUCAACAUCUGGAAGCUGUGGAAAUCUGGAACCUUCCCAACGCCGCCCCCCUUCCCCAACUUUGACUAUCGAUACCUGCAGGAAAAAUACGGAACCUCCUUCUCAGAAGUCAGACAAAAGAGAGUGGCAGCGAACAACCACCGGCGGACGUCCACCACCUCCAGCCGCAAACCCAGCCUGGCCCUCGGCGACACCCCAGACGGCUUCAGGGACCUGGGGCACCUGGAGCUGAUGAGCAGGGAGCUGGACCCGAGCGGAGUCGCCCAGCUCAACCGCUCCAUCUCCACCGACUCGCUCAGCUCCAUCUCCUCCAUCGCCAACAACUUCGGCCACGACUUCACGGUCGGCCAGCUGGAGGUGACGCUCGAGUUUGAGCCGUCCCGGCAGCCGGGCCAGGGAGUGGGAAUGCUCCACAUCACCCUGCACCAGGGCAAAGACCUGCUGGAGAGAGAGGAAGGAGACUUCCCCGGCUGCUUCAUCAGAGUCUCCCUGGGGCCAGAGGAGCUAAAUGUUGGAGUCACACGGGUCCAGACGAAUGCAUUCACCGUGAUCUUUGAUGAGCGCUUCUCCAUCCCCAUGGACCUGUCCACUUUAGAGGAGUACAGCCUGCGUUUCGCUGCUUUUGGCAUCGAUGCUGACGAGAGAAACAUCAGCGCAGGAGUAGCAGAGCUCAAGCUGUCAGACCUGGACCUGACCAUCAGACCAUUCAAUGCUUGGCUCUACCUUCAAGACGUCAAUAAGGCUGUUGACGCAGUCGGGGAGAUCCUCUUGUCCCUCAGCUAUUUGCCGACAGCGGAGCGCCUCACCGUUGUUGUGGCCAAGUGCAAGAACCUGGUGUGGACCAAUGGCAAGAACACUGCAGAUCCGUUUGUCAAAGUUUAUCUCCUGCAAGACGGCAGGAAGAUCAGCAAGAAGAAGACUUCCACCAAAAGGGACGACACAAACCCCAUCUUCAACGAAGCCAUGAUCUUCUCCGUGCCGUCCAUCGUCCUGCAGGAGCUCUCCCUGAGGGUGACAGUGGCAGAGGCCACGGACGACGGCCGGGGCGAGAACCUGGGUCACGUGAUCAUCGGCCCCGAGGCCAGCGGGAUGGGGAUCACCCACUGGAACCAGAUGCUGGCCACCCUGAGGAAGCCCGUGUCCAUGUGGCACCCUCUGCGCAGGAUCUAGUCCUGUCUGCCCUCGUGCAUACCAGACUUGUUUCAAGUAAAACACUCGCUUCUUCGCGUUCCUUUCAACUCCCCCCUUGUUUGGUGACAUGCUCAAAUCUGUUACACUGUUUCGGCAAGAUAAGAGUUUAUAUUGUGACCCACAGGAGGAUGCUGUGUGUGGUCUGUGUUGCUCUGGUGGCAAUUUUUUUUUCUUUUUUUUCGGAGUAAACACCCUAUAUUCAUGUAAUGGGGGAGGAAUCUGAAAAGCAAGUGUUUGACUCUGAACUGGGUGUAUCUGGGGGUAUACGGAUCGAUUAUACAUUCAAAAAUCCUGUCUUUAUUAUUUGGCCGCAUUCUGGCUCGGAUGCACUAUGGCUGAGGGUGGCGUUUAGGAAGGAGCCGUCCAUGUCCCAAACCACCCAAAGUGCCCACAGAAAGUAACUCAUGAGGUGUAUGAUUCUGGGCUCGCUAUAUUAGUAAGUCGUAAGUGUUUUGGUUUGAGAAUUGGGAUGAAUCCGGAUUCCUUCUCCAAAAGUCUUGAUCAGAAAUUUCAGUUUGGACUGUAAAGUGAGUUUUAAUUGAGAAAAGGUGUCCAGUACCCCCCCCCCCCCCUUUCUGCAUGGUGCCUACUCUGGCUGUAGCCUAUUAUAGCUGUCUAGAAAACUGAACGACUGGACGGAAGGAUGAGGUCGCAUCUCUUUCAGGAAAACUCAAAAUUUUUUCUUUUCAAGCCGGUCAUUGAUUGUUCCUACCUAAUUGAAUUCGUAGCGGUUUUAGAGCCGAGUUGGGUGGAUUUGCUUGUGUAAUUCGUUAACCGUGAGAUUGAAAAAUAAUAGAGGUUUUGGUAUGUUUAGUAUUUAUUGUGCUUUUGAAAAAAAAAAAA